CCUCCCCACAUCUUUCUGACGUCGUCAACGUCCGACACAGCGAGUUCACUCUUCAUAUCGUAGACCGCCGAAGAAUAAAACCGCCUCAGGCUUUGAUCCCUUAUUGGGCCCGCCUUCUAGCCUGAUGUCGACGCCUGCGCAUGCCCUCAGGAAGAAAAUAAGGGUCACAGUUGUCGCCGCAGAUGGGCUGUCUAAGCGUGAUGUAUUCCGCCUACCGGACCCUUUUGCAGUCAUCACCGUCGAUGCAGAGCAGACCCACACAACCAGUGUUAUAAAGAAGACUCUGAAUCCUUACUGGAAUGAGAGUUUUGACAUCACCGUCAAAGAUUCCUCGGUGGUAGCCGUUCAAAUAUUUGACCAGAGGAAGUUCAAGAGGCGUGACCAAGGGUUUUUGGGUGUGGUCAACGUGAAAGUUAGCGAUGUACUCGAUCUUGAACUAGGUGGUCACGAGAUGCUGACGUUGGAUCUAAAAAAGUCCAACGAUAACCUCGUGGUUCAUGGCAAGCUCAUCAUAUACUUGUCAACAAAUGUAAACCAGCCUAUGAGCAACCCUGGACCCUCCCAAGUACAAGGCGUUACCUCUGCAUUGGCCGACAUGGGAAUGAAUGAAUCAAGUCUCUCUUUGUCACCCAUCGCCGCCUCAACAACAGGUAACACUCUGUCUCGCCCACCCAGUUCACACGCCACUGCUUCUGAGCCCGCCGCAGCACCGUUGAUGCAGAUGCCGACGCCCCACAUACCACCUUCGGCGAUUAGCACUGAGGUGGAACAAUCGUCUUCACAGUCUCCAUCGGGUCGUCCUAUCAGCUCAAGCGGUGGGCACGCCACACUUGCUGUACCCCCAUCUACAGCACCUUCCUUGGCCACUUCUCCAGGACAAGCGGCUACCAAUGCACAGCAGAGGAAUUUCAAUCCCAAUGUUGAUCAGUAUGGAUCAUUACCUCCUGGAUGGGAGCGUCGCAUCGAUCCACUUGGUCGGACAUAUUAUGUUGAUCACAAUACCCGGACAACAACUUGGAACCGACCAUCGCCUAACCAAACUGUGAAUCACAGCAACCAGGAUAGUGAAACAAAUGCUGCGAGAGAUCAGCACUCGCGCCGCAUACUCGCCGACGAUAUGGUCGAUGCUGCUAGCACAGGUGCUGCUGGUGCCAACGCGUACCGCAGCCCGUCAACGUCGGCACCAUCCCCAUCGCCCAGCGUUCCACCAGCAGUCGUAGGUUCGGGUGGAAGUGCUACCACAGCUGGGACUGGAAGUCUCCCAGCCGGCUGGGAGGAGCGCUACACCCCCGAAGGACGACCCUAUUAUGUGGAUCAUAACACGCGCACCACCACCUGGGUCGAUCCCCGGCGCCAGACCAUCAUCCGUGUCAUGGGCCCUAAUGGACAAAACACAUCCUUGCAGCCUCAGACCAUAUCCCAGCUUGGUCCAUUGCCCUCUGGUUGGGAGAUGCGUCUUACAUCCACCGCACGUGUUUAUUUCGUGGACCACAACACGAAGACAACCACAUGGGACGAUCCCCGCAUGCCAUCCACGCUUGAUGCCAACGUUCCACAGUACAAGCGUGACUUUAGAAGGAAACUCAUUUACUUCCGAAGCCAGCCUGCUAUGCGUGCACAGCCGGGUAACUGCCAGAUCAAAGUGCGGCGGAACCAUAUCUUCGAGGAUAAGGAUGGUCUUGAUUACGGUGGUUUAUCACGAGAGUUCUUCUUCCUUCUGUCGCACGAGAUGUUCAACCCAUUCUACUGUCUAUUCGAAUACUCUGCCCACGAUAACUAUACCCUUCAAAUCAAUCCCGCUUCAGCCGUCAACCCAGAGCAUUUGAACUACUUCAAGUUCAUCGGUCGCUGUCUCGGUCUCGGAAUAUUCCACCGUCGUUUCCUCGAUGCAUAUUUCAUUGUCAGCUUCUACAAGAUGAUUUUGAAAAAGAAGGUGACGCUGGCAGACCUUGAAUCUGUCGAUGCUGAGUUGCAUCGUGGGUUGACUUGGAUGUUGGAGAACGACAUCACGGACGUGAUCGAUGAGACCUUCACAACGACCGAGGAACGCUUCGGUGAACUAGUCAACAUUGAACUUCGUCCAGGGGGAGCAGAUGUCAAUGUGACUCAGGAUAACAAGAAGGAAUACGUGGACGCCGUCGUCGAGUAUCGGAUCUCCAAGCGUGUCAAGGAACAGUUUGACUCGUUCAUGUCGGGCUUCAGCGAGUUGAUUCCACAAGACCUCAUCACUGUCUUCGACGAACGCGAACUGGAGCUCCUGAUCGGUGGUAUGUCGGAGAUUGACGUAGAUGACUGGACUAAGCACACCGACUACCGCGGAUAUGAGAUGAACGAUGAGGUCAUUCAGUGGUUCUGGAAGUGCAUUCGGAGCUGGCCGCCUGAGCGCAAGUCCCGCUUACUUCAGUUCGCUACGGGGACAUCUAGGAUUCCUGUCAAUGGUUUCAAGGACCUUCAGGGCUCGGAUGGACCCCGCCGCUUUACCAUAGAAAAAUCUGGUGACCCUUCACAACUACCGAAGAGUCACACCUGCUUCAACCGUAUCGAUCUUCCACCAUACAAAGAUUAUGCUAGCUUGGAGCAGAAGCUCACGCUUGCUGUAGAGUGAGUUCUUUUCGCAAUUUGCAUCUCAGCUCACACUAAACUCUUUAUUAGGGAAACUGUUGGAUUUGGUCAAG